AUCAAUUUAAUUAUAAAUGCAACAUCUGUGGUAAUAAUUACAAGACACCCAACGGAGGAGUGGGUAAUCUUAGAAAACAUUACGAAAAUCAUUUAAGAGAACCUCGAGAUGAUCAAACGCAAAACAAAAAACAGAAAAUUCAAUCUCUAAUAGUACCACUUAAUGAUCCGUCUCUAAUUGACGACCCAGUAUCUUUGGAGCAUGAUCUUGAUGAGUGCAGUUCCAGUACAUUGGUACUUCCAGUACAAGAUGACCAAAAUAAAACAAAGUCAAUUUCAGUUACAAAAACUCAACAACUUACUCUUCCAAAUAUGAUAUCAAAUAUAAAGUCUAUUAAAGGUGGGAAACAAGAAUCAAAAAUAACGAACAGUAUCGUUUAUUAUUUUUGCAAGCAAAAUGUAUCAUUUAAUACCAUUGAAAGUGAAGGAUUUAGACAUAUGCUAAAAACACUAUGUCCAUUGUAUAAUCCACCCAAUCAUGAUACUAUUGUUCGACGUAUCAACGAAACAUUUAACGUGACAUCCACUAAAGUUCGGGAAACAAUUUCUAAAGUAACGUAUGUAGCUGUAACUACGGAUGCGUGGACGGAAACGAUGAGUAUGAAAAGCUAUCUUGGCAUAACAAUACAUUUUAUUAAUUCAGCACAGCUAGAAUCAGUUACAAUUGGCACAGUACAACUUUUUGAAGGUCAUACAUCCAAGUAUUUGGGAGAAAUAUUGGUUAAAACUUUACUAGACUGGAAUGUAACAAAUGAAAAAGUUGUAGCUGUUGUCAGUGAUAGUGCUGCAAAUAUAAAAAAAACUGUAAUUGAUAACUUUGGCUCUGAUAGACAGAUAUCAUGCCUGGCGCACAUGGUUAAUUUGGUAGUGGAAAAAGCGAUUGACAAAACACAGGAAAUUGAUACUGUUACACAUAUCAAGACCGGUGGUAUUCCUCAAAUAAUUAACAAAGUGCGAGAAAUUGUUAAAUUUUUUAAAAGGAAAUCAAAAGCAAGUGAUGCCCUAAGGAAUUACCAACAAAGUCUAAAUAUUAAAGAUGGCUUAUGUUUAAAACUUAUUUUGGACGUUAAGACAAGGUGGAACAGUGGCUUUUAUAUGUUGGAAAGGUUUUUGAGGUUGGCAAACAACAUAUCAUAUGUUUUAAUGAAUUUUCCAGAGGAUGAUGCACCGGAUAUGAUAACGGCUACUGAAUUAAGACAUCUCAAAGACAUUUGCUCAUUGUUAGGACCAAUGGAAGUGCUUACUAAAGAAUUAUCAGUGGAAAAGUCUGUGAUGUCAAGUAAAGUAUUACCACUCAUCUCCUGUACAAAAAAUGAACUGGAAAAACAAAAACCAGAAAUAUUAAUGGCAAAAAAAUUAAAACAGAAGCUACUUGAAGAGUUAAAUUAUAGAUGUAGUAUUUAUGAUCAGAACUCGAUAUUAGCUAUCUGCACCAUUUUAGAUCCAAGAUUCAAGGACUUACAUCUAAGGGACCCAUUAAUUAACUCAAAAACACAAACUCUCAUUGUAAAUAUCAUGGAAUUGGAAAACUCAGACGAUCCAAGAUAUACAUGUUCCAACAUUAUAACUAAUGAUGAGGAAAAAAAUUCAAGCGAAGUAAAAUAUGAUUUAUGGGGACUUCACAGGAAUCUUUGUUGUACUAACAAUGAUAAAAAAAUGGUAAAUACUACUUCAAUAAAUGAAUUGCGGGCAUAUUUAAAUAAGCCUGUAAUAAAUAUUGAUGAUGAUCCUCUAAAACAUUGGGAAGAAACAAAAAUAUCUUUUCCGAGAGUCUACAAGAUAGCAAUGAAAUAUUUAGUAAUACCGGCAACUUCGGUUCCAACAGAAAGACUUUUCAGUAAGGCCGGAGCUACAGUUACUAAGUCAAGAAAUCGACUUUCUGGAGGAACACUUACAAAAUUAUUAUUUUUACAGUCGUUGGACAACAAAUAUUGGCCUUUUUUAGAAUUGUAUUGA